CAGUCUGAACUCAAGUGACUCUGUAUGUGAUGUUGUUGGGUUUUCUGUAAAUAUUGGUUCUAGAUGACUGGCCUCUGUAUGUCCCUGUGUGUGCAUGUGUGCAUCCAUAAAACAAGUUAUAAUUAGCACAUAUUGGGAUGACUGGGGAUGGGUCACGUUUCCUCGAGGUUCGGAAGAGAAGAGAAUAAAGUAUUUAUGAGUGAGAUAAUGAGAUACAAGUCUUGUUGAUUUGUUCAUGCAUGUGCUUUUAGGGGGUUGGUUUGGGGGCCAGAUGUAAAGAUGAACGAGAGGGUGACAAAACAGAGAAAUGGGAGGGUCGAGUUAAAGAGGGAGAGAGGGGUGGGGGCACAGACAGAGAGAUUUAUUUCCACAGCUGACAGUGAAGCUCCCGUCCCACACUCAUUUUUGGAGGUGAAAGAGGGACUAAGAGAGGAACGAAGUUUAAAAAGUCAGAGAAAGUGGAUAAAUAGACAAUAUGGAUACCUUGGCUUUAGAGGCCACGCAGCCCAAAAAGGCUCAGAACGGAGCACCAGUGCCCGGAACCUCCACCCCUGCCAAACGCAAACCGGCUAAAAAGACUAAGAAAGCUGUGGUCUUUUUCGAGGUGGAGAUUCUGGAUGCCAAGACGAAGGACAAGCUCUGCUUCCUGGACAAGGUUGAGCCCAAUGCCACCAUCGGGGAAAUCAAGUCCAUGUUCCACAAGAGUCACCCUCAGUGGUAUCCGGCCCGACAAUCCAUUCGUUUGGAUCCCAAGGGAAAAUCUUUGAAGGACGAGGAUGUGCUGCAGCACCUGCCUGUGGGAACAACAGCGACCUUCUACUUCAGAGACCUGGGAGCACAGAUCAGCUGGGUCACGGUGUUUCUGACGGAGUACGCCGGCCCUCUGCUCAUCUAUCUCAUGUUUUACUUCCGAGUCCCGUUUAUUUAUGCUCCUAAAUAUGACUUUACCACCAGCAAACACUGGGUUGUACAUUUGGCGUGCAUGUGUCACUCCUUCCACUACGUGAAGAGACUCCUGGAAACACUGUUCGUCCAUCGCUUCUCGCACGGGACUAUGCCUCUGCGCAACAUCUUCAAGAACUGCACAUACUACUGGGGUUUUGCAGCUUGGAUGGCUUAUUACAUCAACCACCCUCUGUACACGCCACCCAUCUAUGGAGAACAGCAGAUCAGACUGGCCCUCAUUGUGUUCCUGUUCUGUCAGAUCGGAAACUUCUCCAUCCACAUUGCCCUGAGAAAUCUUCGACCUCCAGGAUCUAAGACUAGGAAGAUCCCAUAUCCGACUAAAAACCCCUUUACUUGGAUCUUCCUGCUGGUCUCCUGCCCCAACUACACAUAUGAGCUGGGCUCGUGGCUGGGCUUCACUCUGAUGACCCAGUGUCUGCCCGUGGCCGCCUUCACGCUGGUGGGCUUCAUUCAGAUGACCGUGUGGGCGAAAGGAAAGCACCGCAGCUACCUGAAGGAGUUCCGCGACUAUCCCACGCUGCGCUCGCCCAUCCUGCCCUUCAUCCUGUAGGACCGAGUCACACAGUGUUCCCUUCGUCUUUUGAACCUUUUCUUCUUCUCCCGUCCUCCCCUCAUCAUCUCUUUUAUACUGUGUCCAUGGCUCGCCUCUAUUUGUUUCACAUGCAUCUUUCCUGCAUUUGCUCAUCUCUUGGAACGGACUGAUUCUGAAUAAUAAAGUCAGCUCAGAUCCAGAACCUCCAGAAGCUUGGUUCUAAUGGCUCCAUAUCGCCCUCUGUGGGUUGCAUGAUGUCUGUCAUCUGGGGAAAUCUCAUGAAAAUGAUCAAGAGCAUGUCCAGAUCAUAAUUCAGUCAAAGAAAUAAGAACUUAUAUUUUGCACAAAGAUAAUAGAGCACAUUUUAGGACCAUUAAGAUUUUAACAUUAUUUUAAUGAUCGAACACACCCUUAAUUCUCAGUGGUUGCUGUAAUGUGAAAAAAACAAUUAGUAUACAACAUGAACAUGUUGUUGUCCUGAAUUGAUGAUUGUAAUAAAAUCUUUUUUUUUUUUGUUGCAUUACAUUCAUGAAAAUUUGAAGGGAGAAUAAAAUGUCAAUACAAAUCCUUUAAUGGUCAUGUAUUUAAUAUCAAAAUAAUUUGCUCCAGACAUGGACGUUUUCUUAUCUUAAAGGGAUAGUUCACCCAAAAAAAGAAAAAA